UUACGUCAUCAGUGUGCGCCGGGUGGGAGCGGCGCCGGGAGCGGGAGUGGAGCUGCCGCCAUGGCUGGGAUCCUCUUCGAGGAUAUCUUCGACGUGAAGGACAUCGACCCAGAAGGCAAGAAGUUCGACCGCGUGUCGCGCCUGCACUGCGAGAGCGAGUCCUUCAAGAUGGAUCUCAUUCUGGACGUGAACAUCCAGAUCUACCCCGUGGACCUCGGGGACAAAUUCCGCCUGGUCAUCGCCAGCACCUUGUAUGAGGACGGCACCCUAGAUGAUGGCGAGUACAACCCCACAGACGACCGGCCGUCCAGGGCAGACCAGUUUGAGUACGUGAUGUACGGCAAGGUGUACCGGAUUGAGGGGGACGAGACCUCCACAGAGGCGGCCACACGCCUCUCUGCCUACGUGUCCUACGGGGGCCUGCUCAUGCGGCUGCAGGGAGACGCAAACAACCUGCACGGGUUUGAGGUGGAUUCUCGCGUUUACCUGCUGAUGAAGAAGUUGGCCUUCUAGCAUACCUCUGUGGGCUGCCCAGCCUCUUCAGAGCUGGGGAGGAGGGAGCAGUCCCCCUCCUCAUCCCAGUGUCUUCUGACUCCUGCUGGGAUCCGCAUCUCUGUUUGCAAGGAGAGAGGUGCCUGACAUUUGAGUGGACGCCAUGCUGGGUGCUCUGGUGUUGCCUGAUGGCAUCUCCUCACCUCCGCCUGCCUGUGCUCAACAGCCCUGGCUCUGUCCAGGAGCAACCGGACUGGGACAGCUGCCUGCCUGCCUCUGGGGACUGUUCCCUCAGGAACCAUCCUGAGGCAGGCUGCCUUGGUUUUGAUUAAACUGGGAUGUUUUCUA